CCUUGUCUCUUCCCCCAUUAAUUUUCACUGAACCUGGUGCCUAUUUAUUAAUUUAUUUGUUAGUUUGUUUAAUGGUUAAUUAUUUUAAUUACUAUUUUAACAUUAUUCUUUUUUUUGCAUUCUUGCAUCCUAUAUAUAUAUAGGCUAUAUAUAGUUGAUUUAUUGUACACAGUAGAACGUGUGUAAAUUCAGCAUUAGCCACUUCCGGUAUUUGUACUUUUUCAAAAUACGGGUUCAACAGAUGGUGGUGUUGUUUGUCUGCUGAAGUUUGACCUGACUAGACAGAUAGUUGUAACUGCUCUUACCGGAUAUUUAUCGUUAAUAUACUGCGGUCAGAUAUGUAAGUCAGAAUCCAGCCUGUUAAAAGACAAAUCCUGAUAACGCCUGUGGAUCAGAAACAUUCAAGACUAUGACCGACCCAACACAAACAAUCAAAAUGCAGGAAAGCGUGAGAAGACCCUUAUCACGAGAUCGACAGAGCUGGUCGUCUACUGAAAACUGGUUUGACAGAAGACGGCAGCCAGGAAGAACAGACAGUCGAGGUUACAGCGGACCAAAGGGACUCGUUUCCAGUAGCUUCCAGCAUCCAGGAGGGAGCAGGAGUCUCCACAAUGACCCCACCCAAAAGGGAGCCACAUCAGAGCACAUUGGAAAGCGAUCAACGCAAAAAUCUGAACCGCACAAUAAAAGAAGAAUAAACGGAAGAUCAUCAGGCACAACCAGAGGAGGUUAUAGAGGUACCAGACCUGCUCUGAAAUCCGAAGAGAGACUCACGUCUCAAGAGGUUGCGAAAAGUAGCACGUUUGAAGUGAAACUGUCUGAUUUUCCUGAGCUGAGUGACUUCAAGCCACUCGCAAGCCCUGAAGCUCGACUGUGUUGGGGUUCAGACAAAUCGUCAGCUCUUCGUGAUUCACCAGCAGCCACCGUUAAGGAGACGUCAGGACAUAAAGGACCAAAACAGAAACCAAUACAGCACGUCACCUCAACAGAAAAGACUCCGCAGAAAUCGACUGCCACAGCAGGUGCAGUUACUGAGCAUGUGUUACCAAACCCUUAUGGAUCACCAGCAACCUCCUGGGCUAGCAUUGCCUCUCAGCCUCCUAAAGUCACGCAAAAGAGUCCUGCCACGCAAGACACAUCCUCUCAGGACGAUGUGUGUCAGGGAGAAGGUGAACAAACUGCGAAGAAGAAAAGGAAGAAAAAGAAGAAAUCUAAAGCAGUGUGUGAGAAUGGAGAGCAGGAGAUACACAAUAUGGCACUGAUACAGCAGGAGCCUCCCAAGUUUGAGGAUGAAGAGGAGUUUCCGGAUCUCUCUUUUGCUUCUGUUAAUCCAAGCAAAGGACCGAGGCAUUCGUCAAAUACCGGAAUACAGGAGAAUACUGGGACACCUGAGAAAGAUGGGUUGGUUCUGCAAUCGGAGAAUAUAAACAAAAACAAAGCCGUUGACGCAAAGUCUGGGUCUGCUGUUUCAAAGAAAGUACAGCCAGUAGGUCAAAAGAAGAGCAAGGCACUUGUUCAGCUUGACCUAGGGGACAUGCUGAAAGUUCUGGAGCAGAAACAACAGUCUCAAAAGUCCAGACAAGAUGUUAAACCACUAACUCUUACAGUAGGAGGAGCCCUACCAGUUGUCCACAAGGACCCAACAGCUCAAAAGAAGCAUUCAUGGCAGCAAGAGAGGAUAGCACACAACCCUUUGGAUUCCACCUGCCCUUUAGUGAAAAAGGGAAAACAGCGAGAGGUGCCUAAAGCUAAAAAGCCUACACCUCUUAAAAAAGUCAUUUUAAAGGAGAGGGAAGAAAGGAAACAGAACCGCUUGCUAGAAGAAAGAGAUCCGACACGAAUGACUAGUGAAGCCAAUCAAGAGCCACAAGCCAGUGAGAGUCUUUCUGAGAGCAAUUCAGCGCAGUACUGUCCUGAACCAACAAGUGACCAGAGUGGUGCUGAGGAGGCUGAUCAAACAGGUUCACCUGAAGACCCGAAGAACCUUGAAGAAGAUAGCGCGCCAUCUAAAAACUGGGAUUCAAAUUCCAACCCCAGUCGUCCGAAAAUCCAUAGCAGGAAAUUCAGAGACUACUGCAGCCAGAUGCUAAGCAAGGACGUAGACGAGUGUGUGACUGUUCUGCUGAAGGAGCUGGUCAGGUUCCAGGACCGGCUUUACCAGAAGGAUCCCAUGAAGGCCAGGAUGAAGAGGCGGCUGGUCAUGGGUCUCAGGGAGGUGCUGAAACACCUAAAGCUCAGGAAAGUCAAGUGUGUCAUCAUCUCUCCCAACUGUGAACGUGUACAGUCUAAAGGUGGUCUCGAUGAAGCUCUACACACAAUCAUUGAUACAUGUCUGGAACAAGAUGUUCCUUUUGUCUUUGCCUUGUCAAGGAAGGCUUUGGGUCGCUGUGUGAACAAAGCCGUUCCCGUCAGUCUGGUGGGCAUCUUCAACUACGAUGGAGCACAGGACCAUUACCACAAAAUGAUUGAGCUCACAUCACAGGCAAGGAAAGCCUAUGAGAUGAUGGUUUCCAACCUUGAGGAGAGUUUACAGAAGGAGCCGGGAGAGGAGAAUGAGACACAGCAGCUAAUGGAGCCACCAUUAGACACCCCGGAGGCAGAAGAACCAGAAUACAUUAAAGUUUGGAAGAAAAUGCUGGAGAAAGACUACAACCACCAAUUCCUGCCUUUCGAGGAGCAGUUCGCUUCAGUGACCAUCAGCGCAGAUUCAGACAACCAUCUGCAUGACCUUGGAGGAAGUUGAUCAUUCACUAAUUGAAUAAAGAUUUGUGAAUAAGGGGGUAUAACGAUACACAAAAUUCUAAUUUGAUACAACGCGAUACAGUGGUGUCUCAUUAUGAAUCAUGUAUCAAUACAACAAAUGUAAGCAUUGCGUUAAUAUGUGCCUUAGAUUUCCAUUUGAUUCAAACAUUCAACAUUAUUUGAAACAUUAUGUGAAUAAUGACAGUGGUUGUGUGAUCCAUGCAGAUUCUCAGCAGCAUAUAAUAAAACAAAAGCUGUGAAUUAGAAUGUAACAAAAUGAACACGUGUCUAAUUAAACAUUAGCUGUUUGGUCAAGCUGUGAAGACUCCCAAGUGGGCGUGUCUGAACUUAAGCACUGGGUUUUUAUUUAUUAUUUAUUUUUAAAAUCCUCGUCGUGUUUUCAUUCCCCUUUUUUAACUUCUUAUGCUAUCAGUCAAAGGCGAGUAGCUCUCCGUAGCACUAGGCUAGACGUGUUUAUGAAUCCUGCAUUCUCCACCACCGACACAGAAGGAUGAUGUCGAAUGUGUUUGUAGUGAAAACAGUCCACAUCUCCCUGUCCGUCAGCGUUGUAACUUACAGGGAAGCCAAAGUGCUCCUGUAAAACACUUGGGGGAAAUUUUCACAGCCUUUGCUGCUUUUCUUGAAAUAAUAUGCUAGUACGCAAUUAAGUGUAUUAGCUUGUGAAAAAUAGUGUACUUAGGAUAAGCACACUAUUGAUUUUAGAUAAAGCGGAAGCAAUUUUUUCAGAGGAGGGAGUGUGGGCUUAAGUAAAAAAAAAUUAUUACACCACAUAAUGUAAGCAUUAUUUUAGGAGAAAUAGCCUACUUUUAUUAUGCAGCAUGUUGAAUGUAUUUUUCAAUACACAGACGUAUCGAUUCGAGAGACUUGUAUCGAAUUAUAUGAUGCGACGCACCAUAUCGUUACACCCCUACUUGUGAAUUAAUUAAACAUGAUAACACUGAUCACAUGAUCAUGAAUAUUUUUGUCGAUUUAAAUGUUUACAAAUUUGCACAAGAAAAUAUGAAAACCUGUCUUAUAAGUUUAAAUGAAGUAUCACUGCCUCUAAAUUAAUGUAGCCGAUGAGCAACUUGUUUUCAAUUCCCAUUAAAAUAUUUAGAUAAAACAAGUUUAACAUCUUUUUAUUUCUCCUGAAGCACAUUAAUGUCAUUGUAGGAAUCUUGUUGAUCUUGUAUGAGUCUGGGUUUUUUUUCUUCUCUCUUUUCCUUCUCCAAAUGUAUAAAUCAGCCAUAUGUGUAACCCAGGGUGCAAUAUAUGUCUGCUGGACAGCAUCUGGUCACUUUUGCACCGUGUUCUGUGCAUCAUCAUCUGGUGGCACUGGCCAAUAAAUGUUCUAUUACAAUCCAAACCAUGCUGUGAGUUCAGCUCAUCUAAGAAUAAACCAGUUGGUCUUAGAUGGGUUACAGAAGUUGAAGCAUAUCAGUUGCUAAUGUCAAUGAAAAACAAGAAAGCACAUGUCUAGUAGGCAAAGGAGCAUUAAAACUGAACCACUGAGGUGUCUGGAUGGAUGACCCCAGGUUCUUUUUGCACUAUAAUGAUAAAAGGUCAGAAUUUGUGGCAAGUAGUAUAUCUGUAUAACAUCAAGAGAAUCAGACCCUAUCUCACUGAUCAGGCUACACAGCUACUAGUCCAGGCUCUUGUCAUAUCAAAACUGGACUACAGCAACGCACUACUCUUGGGCC